AUGCUUCGUAACGAGCAAUGUUUGACUUCCUGUUGACAUUCGAUACAAAAUUCCUCAUCGAAAUAAGUUAUAAGCAUGGCACUACCAACAAUGCCUCGUUAUUGGACAUCCAGGAAAAACAUGUAUGAACAAGCAAUAAUUAAACAACGUAAUCAUCAAAAUGACUUCCAUGAACGAUGGAGCAAGGACGCUGCUUAUUGGAACAAAUCAAAUUUGACUACAAGCAAACAGAAUUCCUGGGAAUCAGAGGCAUCACUGCGUGGAAGCCUAGACAAAUACAAAGCAGACAACGAAAGGAACCUAAAGGCUAUAAACUUACAACGCCGCCGACUAUUACUUGCUGACAUGUUGAAACAGGAAAGACAUGAAUAUGAGGCAGAAUUGAAAGGAUAUUCCAAGGCUAACUACACAAGACUGGAAGAUAUGAGAGAUAGAGCAGAUACCCUACGCAGCGCCAGAGAAGAGAAACGGAAAGGGUUGGCAGAAGAGAAACUGUAUGAACACUGGAGACAGAACAACCCUGACCUUAGACGGGUGGAGCAGGACUUGGUGAAGGAGAAAGUGGUUGGUACCUGGGCAGGGCAAGUUGAUGAAACUAAAGCUAGAAAAGAACAGGAGAAGAAGGAAAUAGAACGGAUAGAGUUGGAAAUGGAAGAAGAAAGAUUGGCAGGCAUAGAUUCAGAUAGGAGAAAGGAAGAAGAAAAAUUGGACGAAGAAAAACGUUUAAAAAAAAUACUCAGAGAACAGAUGGAAGAAUUAAAAAAUAGAGAAUUUGAGGCUGAAAGAUUAAAGAAUCAGGAAGAGGAAUUACAACAGGAGCAGUGGCGACUAGGGAGGAUUGAUGAAGAGAGAAAGAGGGUAGAAAUGGCUCGUCAGCAGCGGGAGCAUGGGCGGGUGCUGCUACGACAACAUAAAACUCAAAUGAUGCGUCGAUCAAAACAAAUUCAAGCGGAAUUGGAACUUGAUAAAAAGAUCCUUGAUUCACUGAUAGAACAGGAACAUGAGUUGGACCAUAUACAGACGGCAAGACGUGAGAAAGCCAAGGCAGAUGCUGAAUGGAUGAAACAGGUCAUUGAAGACCAGAUCAGACUAGAGAAAACCAGAGAAGCAGAGCUGGAGAUGUUAUACCAAGAUGAGGCUGCACGAAUGUGGCAGAAACGGGAUGCAGAAUGGGAACGUGAGAAGAAAGCAAGAGAACGUCUUAUGCAGGAGGUGUUGGAUGAUCGACAGCAGCAGAUUGUGACGCGAAUCGAGGAGAAUCGGGAGCAGCAAGAAUUAUCUCUAAAGCACAGAGAACAGUUACUACGCGAGAUGGAAGUAGCCAACCAGAUGACACACAGAGAUAAGCAAAAAGCUGAAGCUGAGAAGGAAGCAAUUAAAAUGGAUCUACAAGAACAGAUGUUUUCACGGAAGGAGCGUGAGGAGAUGGCACGGAAACGAGAAGAGGAGGAAGCCCUUCGUGACCAUGAAGAGAAUGAAGAAUACACAGAAUUUCUGCGACAGGAGACCGAGCGGAUGAGAAUCAGAGGACCAACACCUAGGCAACACGGAAGAAGACAGGCAUGGACCUAACCACUGUGAUAAAUCAAGAAUAGGAAACAAUAUAGGAACUCAGUUUUCCAUGAUGUUUGGAAUGCUAUACAGUAAAAUAGAUUUAGAACAAGCCUGGAUACAGCAGCUUUGCUCCCUUAAAUACAGCAUCGCUGUAAACCUGUUUUACUGUUUGAUCUCUGGCAGCACUACUCAUUGUGAAGCAAAUCUUGUUGAACAAGUUGAAGAACCAGUUUCUCUUUGAUGAAAUGAUCUGACAACAUUUUCUGGUAUUACAUGGGAGGCCAUAUACAUUUGACUAUCAUUUGUAUGGGUAGAUCACAAGAUUUUAUCUACUUUCAUUCAUUCAUCUAUUGGCAAAUAUGGAGGUUUAUUUUCAGGCGUGUUUACAGUCUACUUACACCACUGAAUAUUGUGUGUGUAUGUUGGUGUUGUAAUUUGGGAUUGGCUGUCCAUUAUGGAUUGCUUAUUAUCCAACACUGUCUAGAACAUGAUCAUAACGAACGAAGAAGCUGUAUCAAUAUUUUGUAUGUUUUUAUGUGAUACACAAUGUACAUGAAUUUGAAUUUUAAAUUCUGUCUUAGUCAGAUUGUUUGACAGUUACUUGAUGAAAAAUGUUUGAUUGAAUUAUUAGUGAUAUUUUUUUGGAAAAUUGUUUACAUAUCAAAUAAUACUUGCAUACAUCAAUAAUAAAUGUACUAUAUAUAUGUAACUAUAGGAAUUCAGUGCAUAAAAAAAGUAUUUCUGUUCAUUUGACGGUUACAGUUUUAGUUCUUAAAGAUCAAGUACAGAUUGUAUACCUUCAAUGCUGCAACCUGUUGAUCAGGUUUUCUCUCAUAAGAAGUAUUUCUUUAUAGAUUAUGAUUGUCCCUUUAUCUAUAGAAAAGUACUCUGCAUUGAUUAUAAAUACCAGACUUGUAGUAUUAAAUGGACAUCUCCAUUCUUUAUUGUUAGGCUGAACAAUUGGCAUGUAUGUCAAAUACAUACAAUGUAUAUAUCUGUUUCUUUGUACUUGGCGACUAAUGCCAUUGAAGCAUGUGCCAAGGCCAAUAACUCUUUUGGGUACACUACACAAUUGACUAUUAUUAGGACAACAAUGACCAUCAUGUCAUUUCUCAGAUACCAUAAAUUGCUCAAAACUAUUUCUGUAUACAAUCUGUUCAUUCUGUCACUAUGCAAAAGUCACUCUUAAGAUAUAGCUAGUUUAGUGCUAGGUUGUGGCAAUGUGUACCAGUAGGUUUAGAAUCAUGCUGAUUUUUGGUUCAUUAGAGAUUCUGUCUGGUGUCUUUCAUGAUAGAAAGAUAUUAUUUUAUAUUGAUAAAUAAUAUGCAUAUUUAUUGUACAUAGAAGCUAAAAGAUAUUAUAAAUAAAAGUAAAUAUACAAAUGUC